AUGGAAGUCAGGGUUAACUCUUCUGGUCGGAUGGAUGCGAAAUCCAAAUUGCGGAUGCAAGCUCGAGUGGGAAAACGAAGCAAGAAGGUAGCGACAGCAAAAAAAAAGUCUUCUCUGGAUGAAAGCGAGCAUGAAAGGAUGAUGGAGCAAUCAAGGCGUGAUUGGAUUAAGUUGCAGGAGGCAAGUGCCAAAUGGACAACAACAUCAAGGCCACUCAAUGGAUUUAUUAAGAUCAACUCUGAGCAAUCAUCAUUCCUCUCGAGUCAGCAAACGACAGCCUCGAGGCCACCCAGUCCAACAUUACCUGGCUCGAGCUUUCAGAAGAAGAGCGGAACAGUAGUAAAAGGAUUGAAGGUCUGCAUGAGUGAAUCGACGACGUUUUCGAGCCAUCACGAGGAUGCGACAAGGCAGCAAGAAGGAAACGGUGGUGGCAGCAAGUCUGAACCUUCAAAGACUCCAAUGCAGCAACCACCACCACCAACUCUGACUGGAGGAGAUGUGGCUUGUACUCAAAUGAAUCUUGGGAGGAACAGAUUGAAGGUCUGCAUGACAGAAUCAUCAACUUUUUCGAGCAGCCAUGACAAGGAUGGACCUGCUGCAAUGGUGGGUGAAGAGAGAAAUUGUAGCAGCAGCACCAGCAAGCCUGAAGAUUCUUCACACUCUCUAAUCAAUCAGCAACCACCAACUCUGGCAACAGCAGAUUUGCUGCCUUCUGGUAUGAAUCUUGGCGGCAGAAACAGAUUGAAAGUCUGCAUGACAGAAUCAUCUUGCUUCUCGAGCCAACACGAGGAUAAUCCACCAAUGAGACUAGGGGCACCAGAAAAAUCAAUGCAACGACCACCACCAAGUCACAGCAAGGAUACUCCAGAUGCUCGAGGCAGCGGCGAAUUCAGUGUGGUGGAUGAACCUCUGACUUUGACAGGCACCCAUGGAAUGAGCUCUCAGAAGAAAAAGAAUGGGAUGACAAUGAUGGGCUUGAAGAUCUGCAUGAGUGAAUCAUCCAAUUUUUCGAGCCACAAUGAGGAAUCAGCUUUGGCUCGAGGCCACUCUGAACAAGUGGAGGGUGAAAAGCAGGCAGUUGACUCGAGGUGA